AUGACUUGGAUCUCCAAAACCGUGACCGUAACUGGUCUUGUUCUUCUUGCGCACGCGUGCUACUCUGCGCAGGAGCAUUCUGCCAUCUCAUCAGCAGCCGUGCACCAUGGCCAGCCGCAACCGCUCGCAACACACUCCCUUCCAAUCGAUAUCUCCAUCGAAGCCUUGGUAGCAACCCUGGUAGUCGUUUUGGGUCUGGUAAUGGGAACCCCGCAGCUUCGACCGAUCAAGUGGCAUGAGUGGGCUGGGAAGAUUGAGCGUGAAGGAGAGGCUGGUUUUAUGACUGGAGGUGGUGAGGUGGAAAAGGACUACCGUGGGAAUCCCUUCAGUAUUCUUGAGACGCGACCUGGAUUCAUCGAUAUUCGCAAACAACGACGCGAAUUCACGAAGUGGGUUAAGGCUGAGGAGAAGUAA